GUGAGCGGAAGGUAGAGCGAAGAAGGAGAAGUGAGGGCGGAGCGAAAGCACCACUAAGGCCAGUGGUGCGGCGCGGAGGCAGCAGAGCCACUGCUGAUGCAGACAUGACAUUUUCUGACACUUUGCUUCUUGAUUUGGCCACAAAGCGUCUCAGCACAAUUAAACCAAACUUCAAGCAGUGGAAAAUCACGAGUUCAGUCCUAACAGAAGAUCUCACCAGGAGACAACAACAUUUUUCUCUACACAGUGGAGCUUUGUGUUUGUGCUUUGCCAUAUUAUAGAUGGUGUAAAUGGCGAGCUACCGCACCUCGUUUUCCAUCCACAACAUUUUAAGGGAAGGACUUGACUCUCCGAGAAGUAUCCAGCUGUCUGGGGAAUACACCAACUCUGAGCUCCUGGUGAAAUCAGAAGGGCUGAGCUGUGCUGGAUCUGCUCACUCUCAGGACAGCAAUGAGGAUGAAAGCAGCAGAAACAGCACAAACGUGCCCUGUCUGCUUGAUGCCGACACAUUAUCUGAUCGUCAGUCGUGUGAAGAAGAAUCUACGGGAGAAGAAUAUCCACACUCGGAAAAACAGCACGAUCUCGAGCUGCAUCCGGACACUGACGGGGAGAAAGUGGACAGCUGUGAUUUUUCUCAUCACCCGCCGAAAUCCAACAAGAAGAGGUCUCGCGCCGCAUUUUCCCACGCACAGGUCUGCGAGCUGGAGCGGCGCUUUCACGUGCAGCGAUACCUGUCCGGCCCCGAGCGCGCGGAUCUGGCGGGGGCUCUGAAACUGACCGAAACCCAGGUUAAGAUCUGGUUCCAGAACAGGAGAUACAAAACCAAACGGCGGCAGAUUGCGGCCGAGCUGGCAGCUACCUCCACGGCGACGCUGGCCAAGAGAGUAGCGGUGAGGGUCCUGGUGAAGGACGACCAGCGGCAGUACAGGGUCGAGGACGCGCACUCCCCACAUUUCCUGCCCUUCUACCAGUCCUAUCAAUACUGCCCUUAUAUGUACUGCAUCCAGCCCUGGCUCUCCACCACCACGCUGCACGGUGGCCUGUACUGACAGCUUCAGCUGGUGCUUGUGUCCUAUAGUCUGAUUACGAGGUAGCCUGUCAUUCUGUCAUUACUGAAAUGAUACGUUUUUUAAAGGACAUAGAUUCAUCUUAGGGCAUGUGGUGCAGGGUCGCUCCUUAUGCAUGUUAAAUGGAUGAGAAUACUGAAAAAAACAUUUGUUUUCAACCAUGACUUUUAUUUUGAUGUAAAAAAAAAUAAUCAAAACGUAUUUCAGAAAUACAAGUAAGUGCCUAAACUUUUUUGUUACAUGUAAUAUACUUGUUUUGGUAGCAAGUAGUAUAUAAAUGUGGAUUAUUUCUAUUUGUAUACUUUAAAAUGACUCAAACUGCACACUGUAUACUGACAGAGAAUUCCCUGGGUUCACACCCCAAGCCUGGAAGCGCACUGACCAAUACAUUUAAGGACCCUUGAAUCAACGUGAAAGUCAGUGUCAAAAGUCACUUUGCAAGGUUUCUAUAAUUUGCAAUAAACGUGGUGGUAUACAUUUGGAAGUUUUCAUUUAACUGUAAGAAUGCAAAAAUAAAAUGUAGACAGUGCUUA